GUGGGAAGCCUUUAACUCGUUGACAGGCGGCCGUGUUCGAGGCGCUACAUUCCUAACCGAAAAAGGCUGGAUCUAGACGGGUGUCAGACUCUAGAAAACCUAGAAGGAAUGUGACGGAAACUCCUCCAGUUUUUGCUGGAAUCAGGGCUAGCAAGACCAUUUCUCAGAACCUCACAGCCGCUAAGGAAUCUCAGGCCGCCUGAGUCCUCCAGCGUGAGCGAGAGUCCCGUCUCUAUGAUCAAGGAGACAUAGAGGCGGGCCUCUCUACCCUGCCUGGUGAGACUGCGCAUGAGCAGUAGCUGGAGCACUGGGAAGAUGGCGGAGGAAGGGGAAAGAAAAAAGAUCCCUUUGGUUCCAGAAAAUCUCCUGAAAAAGAGGAAGGCUUAUCAAGCGCUCAAAGCCACUCAGGCAAAGCAGGCUCUUUUGGCAAAGAGAGAGAGAAAAGGGAAAGAAUUCCGGUUUAGACGACUAGAAUCUUUCGUGCAUGAUUCCUGGCGGCAGCAACGAGACAAGGUGCGUGUCCGGCGACUAGAAGUGAAGCCGCGCGCUUUGGAGGUCCCUGAUAAACACUCCUUGGCCUUCGUUAUACGCAUGGAAAGGAUUCAAGGAGUGAGUUUAUUGGUAAAGAGCACCAUCAUGAAACUUGGCCUGAAGAAGUUGUUCAGUGGCGUCUUUGUCAAGGUCACCCCUCAGAGUAUGAGAAUGCUGCGCACAGUGGAGCCUUAUGUGACCUGGGGAUUUCCAAAUCUGAAGUCUGUCCGAGAACUCAUCUUGAAGCGUGGACAAGCAAAGAUUAACAAUAAGACUGUCCCUCUGACCGACAACACAGUGAUUGAGGAGCACUUGGGGCAGUUUGGUGUCAUUUGCCUGGAAGACCUCAUCCAUGAAAUUGCCUUCCCUGGGAAGCAUUUCCAGCAGAUCUCUUCAUUCUUGUGCCCUUUCCACCUCUCUGUGGCCCGUCAUGCUACCAAGAAUAGAGUGGGCUUCCUCAAGGAGAUGGGCUCGCCUGGCUACCGGGGUGACCGCAUCAACCAGCUCAUCCGGCAGCUCAACUAGAGCAGGAGCAGGUUUUCCAAAAGCAUGAAUUGGAAAUGCUUUUGUUUGUAUAAAAUUACCAAGUAUCUUCAGAGAAGAUUAUUUUCUGCCUUCAAAAACUGAAGGAAAGGGCCAGGAGAACCACAGUAGGGUGUGCGAGCAUCGAAGACAUUUAGCAGGGACCAGUUCAUGGAACAGGGCGAUUGUUCUCCAGUUGGCUGCCCGUCUCUGAGAUCCGCACAAGCUGUGGAGGAAAGAACUGCCCUGCCUUCCUUCCAUCUCGGUGUUUAAUGUUGGGUGAGCGACUAGCCCAAGUAUCCCUCCCACGCCCUCCAAGACUCUUAAAGCAGUGGGGCAGACCAAGGGGCACACUUGAAUCUGGAUGAAGAGGGUCUUGGUUUUACUUUUUAUUUUUGUCAGAGAUGGUUGGUUUGUUCAAUACAACGUCUUCCUGUGUGGCCCUGGCUAGCCUUAAACUCCACAGCAGCCCUGCCUCCGCCCCGCCCUGAAACCCACGCCCACCCCCAGCUGUUGGUGUAUAAGCCUGGGGGCUUGUUCCUCAGGCAGAAAGGCAACAAUGGUGGUGCUCAGUCUUAUGUGAGGCCAUGUUACAACCGCUUUGGGACCUCUGGGGCUUGCUGCCCUUGAUCAGUGUAACAGCAUUUGUACCCUGACCUGCAGUGACAGUCCUUUCCUGUAGCUCAGGAUUUAGAAAAACACAAGCAUAAAUCCAUACACUGUGCUUGGAACUCCACAACGGUGACACACACCCUCUUGGCACACGGAAGUCUUUUGUGAGGACAGCCUGUUUUUCUAUGCACAUUGGUCUGUGAAGUUAGUCUUGUUCUGUGCUACAGGAGGGGACUGAAGUUCAACCACUUGUUUUCAACUACGAAAUAGUGUUUAGCUGGGCCUGAUGGCACACACCUUUAGUCACAACACUUGAGAGGCAGAGGCAGGCAGAUCUCCUGAGUUCAAGGCCAGGCAAGCCUGUUCUACAGAGUUCCAGGAUACCCAGGGCUACACACAGAGAAAAUAUUAAAGACCAACAAAAACCAAUGAUAUGAAAGACUAUUGUUUUUAAACUUCCCAUACCCAGGAAACGCCCCCUAAACUUCGCCCUUGGCUUAAGGAUUCCCGUCUUGCCUUUCCUUAAAACCCACAUGAGUCCACAUUCCUAACACAUGCUUCCCUUGGGCUUGCCUAUAACCCUGACUUCAUGGGGCCUUGGGAUAUCAGUGGUAACUGUUGUAGGGCAUUGGGAAAUGAGGUGACCAAAAAUGCAUUGCAGUCUUGGAGAAAUGAGUCCUGGAUCUUACUAAGUUGGGGAGCACUGCAGUGUUGGUGGUGCUUGUCUGCUGUGUAAGAGCCCCUGGAUGAGCUGAGCCAAGUCUUCCAUUUCUAGUUGCUCAGAGUUUAAAGCAAGGGUUUUUUCUAUAUAGUAAAAGAUGAUUUUUAAAAUUUA